AUGAAAUAAGAAUUAUACACUUCGUGGCAUAAUACAAAGAUCAGAUGGUUAUUGUUGGCAUUAACCUGUUUAUUUUAGGCUGGCUGCUCUUUAUGCAUAGAUUUUCCUUUUGUUUUAGCUACAGAAAUCUAGAAUUAUUACAGUGUUCAUCAACAAGACAUUAAUUAUCUUUAUGCAAUAUAUUCUAUGCCCAACAUUAUUCUUCCUUUCUUUGGAGGGAUUAUUAUUGAUAAAAUUGGUAUUAGAAGCGCAUUACUUAUAUUUUGUUUGUUUUUGAUUAUUGGAUAAGGUAUGCAUUUUUGUUGAAUUUAGGUUCAUGUGUAUACAGUGCAUAGACUACAGAUUUUAACUUGCUCAAAUUUGGCAUGUUUUUUCUUGGUUUAGGAGCAGAGGUUAGUUUACUAGUUACUUAAGGCACUCUGCUAACCAAAUGGUUUUUUGGAAAAGAAAUAUCGUUAGCCUUCGGGUAUUAUAAUAAAUUAUCUUAGAAUUUAACUGACUUUUAUCAGAGUCGGAUCAAUUAUUGCUGUUAAUUAGCUUCCUCAAAUAUAUGUCAGUUAUGGUAAUAGCUUUGGAGCUUGCAUGAUCUAUUGCUUGGCUAUUGUUUUGAUUAUUACAGUAUCAUGUAUCAUAGAAAUAAUAAUUGACUAUGUAAGUGACAGAAGAGAUUUAAAUCAUUAUUAAUCAUAAGCACAAUUAGUAUUAGAGUAAUAAAAACCAGUGAGUUGCAAAGAUUUAAAAGAGUUUAAUUAUGGUUUCUAUUUAAUUUCCAUAAGUUGUACGUGCGGAUAUUGCAUCUUUUUAAUAUUAUAGUUAAACGCCCUACGCAUGUUUUAAAUAAGGUUAAUAGUAAUGUUAUUCUUAGAUAUAAUUUAACAUUCUUUUUUUAAACAUUACUUUAUAGUCUACCCUACAUUAUUUGCAUUAUUUUAACACCAAUUAUGGGUCACAUUGUAGACAAAGUAGGAAAAAGACCAUAUUUUUUAAUGCUUUCCGGAGUUUUGACAACAUCAUCAAUGCUAGUUUAUUCAUUAAAUAAUGAUUGCUCAGUAUAGAAUGAAUGUUUGAGUUAUGCACUAAUAGGAUAAAUUUUAAAUGGGUUAUUUUUUGCUUUGUUUGCACCUUUAAUUUGGCCUUGUAUUCCAAUUUGUGUCAGCACAAAUACUCAAGGAACUGGAUUUGGAGUAGUUUGUUCUAUGUAAAAUUUUGGUCUUACUGUAUUUCCAAUUAUUGUAGGUAAACUUUUGAUUGAGGAAAAUGCUAUUAGCUAUUAACAUAUGAUAUUCUUUCUUGGGUUUAUCGCCCUUAUAGCUAAUAUCAGCAAUAUAAAUAUUUAUUUUUAUGAUAGAUAUAAUGGUAAUAAAUUAAUGUCACCUACCACUAAAUAACCAGACUAUGAAAUUAUUCUUGAACAAGAAGAUGAAUAAAAUUGA